AUGGGCGUCAUCAGAAAGAAAACCGUCACCCGAGGCGGCGAGGGCGGUGUCAAGUAUCAUUGCGAUAUUUGCUCUGUAGACAUUACAUCCACGGUACGCAUCAGAUGUGCACAUUCUGCUUGCAACGAAUACGAUCUGUGCGUCCAAUGCUUCUCUCAAGGGAAGUCCAGCUCGAACCAUAAGCCCGAAACACAUCCAUAUCGGGUCAUCGAACAAAACUCGUUCCCCAUCUUCGACCGUGACUGGGGAGCCGAUGAAGAACUGCUAUUGCUAGAAGGCGCGGAGAUAUAUGGCUUGGGAUCAUGGGCCGACAUUGCCGACCACAUUGGCGGCUUUCGCCACAAAGACGAAGUCCGGGAUCACUACCUCAAGGUCUACGUUGACUCCCCGCGAUUUCCGCUGCCGAAACGAUGCAGUCCCCACGAUAUGGACCUGGCGAACGAAAUCUCUAGAGAGGAUUUCCAAGCCAAGAAGAAGCGCAGAAUAGAGGAACGGAAAGAAGCUGCCAAAAAUGCGCCGACAUUACAACCCAAGACAAAACCGACUGCCUCUGUACCAUCAUGCCAUGAAAUCCAGGGUUACAUGCCUGGCCGCUUGGAGUUUGAGACAGAAUACGCGAACGAGGCAGAAGAAGCAGUGCAGCUUAUGCAGUUCGACCCGGGCGAUGGCCUCAACCCCCGAACAGGCGAACUGGAGCCGGAAAUGGAGCUGAAGCUGACGGUCAUGGACAUCUACAACUGUCGUCUGACGCAGCGUGUGGACAGGAAAAAGGUCAUUUUCGAACACAACUUGUUGGAGUACCGUGAGAACACCAAGGUGGAAAAGAAGAGGAGUAAGGAAGAGAGGGAUCUCCUGAAUAAGGCCAAACCGUUUGCGCGGAUGAUGAACCACGAUGACUUCGAGAGCCUGUGCCAAGGCCUGAUCGAUGAGCUCAAUCUACGGCAGGCCAUCCAACAGCUCCAGGAAUGGCGAAGCGUACGUAUUGGCGAUUUACGCAGCGGAGAGAAAUACGAAACAGAAAAGGCCCAACGAGCACAGAAAGCAAUACCUAUGGGAUCUAUGGACAGGGACCGGUUGGCCUCGGCGCAGCGUUCUAAGGCGGCUGCUGUGCCAGAUCCCCCGAGCGGUGCCGCCUUGCUGGUUGCGCCCGAGCUGCCUAUCCGGUCGGCGCCGGCCCCCGACGGGACAAAUGGUACCAUACCACCCAAGGGGCUCAACGGCGAAAGCAAAACUCAGGCUAAUGGUAUUGCCAACGGAGCUGAUACCAACGGCACGGUCGUUGUCGCCAACGGUGCGGGUUCUUCGGGCCCGUCGGGCCCUGUCACACGACAGAGGUACAUGGCCGCGGCCCUGCCCGGUGUCACGCCACUUCAGCUCACACAGGACGGUGCACCAGACUUGCAUCUCCUCACGCCGGAGGAGGCUAAGCUCUGCGAAGUAGUACGGCUGCAGCCGAAGCCGUACCUGAUGAUCAAGGAGCAGAUCCUCAAGGAGGCGCUCAAGAGCAACGGCACUCUCAAGAAGAAGCAGGCAAAGGAAAUCUGCAGGCUUGACUCGCAGAAGGGGGGUCGCAUAUUCGACUUUUUUAUCAAUGCUGGAUGGGUCGGUCGGGCGUAG